AAAUGUUUUAUGGGUUUAGUUAAAAGAUAAAUCAUUUUUAAUGUUUUAAGUUCUGAAUCUGUAUUGUAGAAGCACCAGCAGAGAUCAAUGUUAUGGUGAAGGUGACAUAAAGAGGAGUUUGGUUUUUACAGACCCAGCAGCCACUAAUGCGCUUAUCCAGGUCUUAAUAAUGUAUUUCUGUUGGGGGGUCGGACACCUCCCCUCAUAACACUUAAAUCUGCGCCUCCGUCUGCUCCUCCUUUGUCCUCCUCAUGUCAGACUGCUGCCAUCUGCUCUGUUGUUAUUGAAAGCGUUCACACUUGUGCUGCUCCCUUUCACUCCGCGCGAGCGUUUAGUCUGCGUCCGCGCGGACGCUCAGUUUCAGCUUUUUCAAACACGGCGGCGUGACGUCAGCGUCCUGACUGGAAAACCAACUCGGACAGGAUGCUCUCCGGUGUGAACCCCGACCCUCCGCCCGCAGCGCUGCCCCGCACGUGAAGCUCCGCACUGGGUCAUGAGGAGAGGAGCUGCGGUGUUCGGCAGACGCGACCAUGAAAACCCGGACUCCGGAGCAGAAACUGCCGCAUCUGAAUGCAGCAGGAUGUCACUGUCUGCCUUUGAUCCCCUGGCGGGGCGGGUCAGGCCGCGGCGGCGGCAGCAGCAGCUCCUGCUGAUGAACAUGCAUCUGCUGGCCAACCCUGGGGACUCUCUGCUGUUGCAGCAUUCUCUGGACCGCCUGCUGCGCUGGCUCUGCCCGAGCCUCCGUAUCUUCCACGUCUCUGAGAGGGCCGCCCCCUUCAGAAGUUUCACACGUCCGAGUCCGGUGGCAGGCUACCCGUCUUUGGCCAUUACUUUCUUCCUGCAUGAGGCCUACGGAGAGGAGCGGAUUCUCAGAGUGCUGGACGUUUUCCAACGGCCGCCGUGGCAGUACCAUCACACGGAGAGCUGCGGCGGCAGAACCGGAGGGAUCCACGUCGGCAGCUCGGCCUCCGCCGGCCUUCUGCGGCCCUACUUGCUGCCCAGCAGAGACUUCUACAGUCUGGGCGCAGGAAUGCCCGUGUGGGGCGUGCGACCCGUCCACUGUGGUGGCGAAAUCCUGCGAGUGACUCUCUACAGUUGCCAUGGUAACUACGAGGAUGCCGUGCGGCUCUACGAGACGGUCCUGCAGCGCCGGGCCGAGGAGCAGAAGGCCGGCUUCAGCUGGUUCACCCUCCACACAGAGCCCGGCCUCACCCUGCAGCUGGCGCUGAAGCAGUUAUCCCCGGGCGUUCGGGUGGAGCCGUGCGUCUCCACCGUACUGCAGUUCAGCGUGGAAGAAAUUGGGCAGCUGGUACCGUUGUUGCCAAAUCCCUGCACCCCCAUCAGUGCGACGCGCUGGCAGACAGAAGACCUGGACGGCAACAAGAUGCUCUUCCAGGUGAACGCUCCCGCUCAGUCCCAGCAGCCUCUCACCUGUGCUUUUCCUCCAACACUAACCCUCGUGCCCCCCCGGGGCCCCAAGCUGAGGACUUUGGCUCAGGGCAGCAGCCUGUCACUCUGCAGCCGCUCAGCUCCCUUCUCCUGGCAAAACCAUCGGCAAGGACAGCGGCCCCGCAGUGACCCCGCCCUGGAGAAGCUCUAUGGAGGAGCAGGAAGUCUGGGAACAGGGAGCUGCUGCAGCACACCUCCUGGGAGCUCCUGCUACUCCUCUCAGUGCAGCAGCCCUGCUCAGCUCUCAACCUUCAACCAUCCAGACUCCACUCUUGGCGCCUCCAUCACCUGUUCUCUCCCCCACCUCCCACUGGAGGAGGAUGAGGAGGAGUCAGAGACUAAUGUUGACACAGGAGUUGCAGUUUCUCCCUGCUCAGACUCGGCAGUCAUAGGAGUUCCUCGCUCCUCCUCGACGGACCUCCUGAUGACCGUCCUCCCCGAGAGACCUGCAGCUGCUGUGGUUCAGGAGCGGACUGAGCGUCUCCCACAGAGACGGACGCCGUGUGGGGCGUGGGGCUCUGGAGGCUCCACAGAUCUGCUUUUGGAGAACAGCAGCACCGUGACAGAACUGAACUGUUCGGGGUUGAUCUCUGUAGAGAACAAGACUGAGCUGCUCUCUGCAGGAACACAAGGAGAAGAUCCAGCUGAUGAGUUCUUCAUCUGAGUUUGGCUGAAAACUGAAGUUCCUACUAACAUGCCUUGCUCAAUGGUAACUUUCUAAAAAAAUGACUGUUAGAGUGUAAAACAGUGAUUUAAACUCAACAUUUUGGACAUCUAAUGUUAAAAUGGCUGUAAUUCUAAAUUCUGAAGAAAUUCUGCUUCAAACCACAACCUUAAAACCUAAUCCUGAAGCCGUGCAGCAGGUAAGACACCUCAAUCACAGGUAAAUCCUUUAAUUGACGUUUUCUGUCAAAUUCCAGGUUUGUUUUGUCUAACAGCCAGAAGAAAUGAUACAAGGUGAAUGAUAGGAGCUACAUAAGAAGUGAACAUUUUACAUUUAGACUUGACAGUAACUUUGACAGCUGCUUCUCAAUAAUCCAGAUUAGGAUUAUGAGGAAGAGUUGUGUGCAAACAUGGCAGAAAUGGCCCUUUAGUUCUAACAGUCUUUUGCCUCUGAAGCAGAGCAGCUCCAUGUGGCGACAUUUUAGGAGAUGCAACUGAGGUUGUCCAACAGCCCUCCAGCUCUCAGGCCAAUGCAGCAGAAAUCUAAAACCACAGAAAAAUGUGUCCUUCAUCCUCAUAGAAACAAGGAUUGUACCAUCAGAAGUGCUGAUCAUAAGAAGUCUGCAGAUAAACCGGAUCUGAUUUCAGUCUAAACUUAUUUGAUUUCUUCUUCAGCUGAAGUUCACUGUCAUAAAAAAAAAAAAAAAUCAACAUUCCUUUUUAGCGCUUAUAAAAUAUUUUUUAAAAAUGGGAUUAUCAUGAAAACAAACAAAAAAUACAUCGGAGGAAGAAUGGUUAUUCUGACAAACAGAACUUUAAUAGCUGCUUAUUUCUCAAUAGAGUCUAGAUUUUGGCUUCUUGGAACCAGAAGGUACUUCCUGUUUGGAAUACAGUCUAUGGUUAGCACAGGAAGGUGGAGGGCUUGUUCCACUACCCAUAAUUAAAAAAAGAUUAAUUUAAGCUUCAUUUAAUUUAGUUAUGUAAAUUGGUUUCUACUGAUUCUUUAUUUUUUAUGUCUAAUGCAUCAUAAAUAAAACUCAGUGACUUUAUGCACUGAAAUCAUGAA